AUUUAAGUCAAAUCAAUAAUAAAAUUCAGUGUGUAUACUUUAAGUUGACGGUGCUUGUGGUGGAUGGAAUGUCAGCGUCUUAAUAGAGAAUGAGAUAGAAUGUACCUAACUAUCCGUAGCUGCCAAAUUUGAACCAGUGAACAAACAAUGACACAGGAAUCCCUCUAAUCAACAAGUUAAUUCAGUAGGCAGAACGGAAUCGUAAUAACUACGAUCAUCAAACAACAUGUUCAAAUUCGUUUCCUGUAGUCUCACAGUGAAAAUAACUUUAGGACUCAUUAAACUUUCAUUAACCACAAAAUCCAUCAGAGAUUUUUAUUCAUGGAACGAUGAUACGUCGAACUCAUAACAACCUCACUGAAGAAUAUCCUUCUGAUCUGCAUCACCAACGUGAAGAUAAUGUGACCAAAAACAUAAGAACACCAGCAGUAAAUAAGGAACAAGCAGGAAUAUGUAUCAAGUAUCCUGGUGAGUCAGAAACUCGUUCGACAUUCACAAAACCAAGUCAUUGUGUAUCAGAAGUUUUAACAAAUCAUGGUCAACUACGUGUAUGUAAACCAGGCUAUCAAAUUAAUCCACAUUCAGAAAUUAAACUAGAUGGAUAUGGUCCUAUCAAACAGUAUGAAUUGAAUAAAAUGGAACAAUCAGAGUAUGCACAAACUUAUAUUUGGCCAGAUGGCAAAACGAUACAUACAAAUCCAUGGAACAGAUUACGAGAAGCUAAUCAUUUGUAUGGUGUUAAAUGA